UAUUGAGGCUGGCAGAGGUCAGGGGUUGAAGCCUUAUAUGAGCCCAUGAAGGGCAGCCAGUUGGGUCUAUUGUGGGACCUUCGGAGAUCCUGAGUUUGAAUCAGCCGCUCUUUGUGUCCUGGAUUCCUUCUUUUCAUUGAGGGAAAUCUCUUUGCUACAAUACUCUUAAUAAGUUGCCUUUAAAUGCUCAUCCCACUCAGAUCCUCAUUGGAGCAAGUGUGCUGUGGCUGAAUCUAGGGCUCAUUUGACCUUUAUUGUUGGGGGUGCAAAGGAGCUUCUCCCUGCCAUUGUUUGAUAUAAUCUAUGUGGAUUUCCCAAAUGUGGGGACCUAUUAAGACUAUCCCCAAGCAUCUGAAGCUGUCAGUUGGAUUCCCUGAAUGGUCCCCUUGUCUUCCAGCAGAAACCCCUACAAGGGACUCUCUAACGCCAAGGAAGCUUUGUUACUUCUGGAAGAGUGCAGGAUCAGAGUGGGAUGCCCCUUUUAUACUGAAGGGGCAGGACCAGAGGUUGCUUCUGGAAGAGUGCAGGAUCAGAGUGGGAUGCCCCUUUUAUACUGAAGGGGCGGGAACAGAGGAGGAUGGAGGAGCCCGGCGGAGGAAGGAAGGAAGCGUCGCCCGAGAGGAGGAGGAGAGCGGGCCCCGCAGAGCAGCCCUGCCUGGAGACGGCGGGGAAAGGCCGGGGGGCUCCGGGGCUGCAGGAGGGAUGAGCCCAGGGGGAGCCUGGGAAAGGCGGCUGCCUGGAGGGCGAUGCGGGAAAGAGGAAAUGGGCGGAGACCCCGAGACGGGCCUGGAGGGUGGAGGCUUCUUCGGAAGUCCCCGAAAGCUCCGAAGGAUCCAGGAGGAAGCAAAGGAAUAUCAGUGCCCGGAAUGUGAAACAUUCUUCACAAGAAAUGGACAUCUUCAAAGGCAUAUCAGCAUCCACACAGGAGAGAAGAAAUACGAAUUUGAUUUUGAUUCACACCCCUCUGCUCAGGCAGGAAAUCCUCUACCGUUUCAGACAAAUGGUUGCCCAAUCUCUUUUGAAAAGACUUUAGUGAUUGAGCACAACAACUUCUCUAGGCAAGCAGUUCCACUGCUUAAUUUUUCUCACUGUCAGGAAAUUUCUCCUGAAUUCCAGGCUACUUGUCUCCCUGGUUAUUUUCCAUCCAUUAUUUCUUGUCUUCCCUUCUGGUGCUUUGGAAAAUAGGCUGACCCCUCCCCUCUUCCUUGUGGCAGCCCCUCAGGAAUUGGAACAGUGCUAUCGUGUCACUGCUGCUCCUUUUUUUCACUAUCGUCAGGAUAGAGAAUCAGAGCUGGAAGGGACCUUGGAGGUCUUCUAGUCCAACCCCCUGCUUAAACAGGAGACACUGCAAUUUGAAAGAAGUGGCUGUCCAGUCUAUUCUUAAAAGCCUCCAGUGAUAAAGCACCUACAAUUUUUGGAAGGCAAGCUGUCCCACUGGUAGAUUUCAUAUAAUCAUGCGAUGGAUACGGUGUCACUAAAAUAGCAAUUGGAUUUAGGCUUAUAUACCUCCCCAUAGUGUUUCCCAGUAGCUGGCGAGAAGCUUUCUGUAAGUGUUGGAAACUCUUUUACUUUCACCGCAGCUGCACAGGAGCACUGCAGCACUAAAACAGGCACAACUUUCCAAAUUUCGAUCCCAAAGGAAUAUAUGGGUCCUCUAUUUUGGACGCAUUCUAUAGAGGUAUAUUGGUCCCAAGAAUUGUCCUAUUGUGCACCGUUUUGCCCAGUGUGAAUCAAAAGGCACAACCCAAAGCAAAUAAUCCAGGCUCACUGCUGUGUUUAUUGAACGGUAUGUACCGCAGUGGCUGUCCUGCAAAAGAAUAGUGGGAGACUCCACUGCAGACCAAUAGGUAUAUUUAUACACUGCAGAAAAGAGGGAAAAUAUUAGAGAAGGUGACGAGUACGUGUUCCUAAGUAAUGGAUCUCAGGUUGCUUUUCUGCUUUUCUGUUAUCUACUAUGUUCUUAGAAGAAGAAACACUUGGAUCUUGAGAUUCAGGGGUUGCUACUGGAACCUUGUGGGGAAACUUACCAAUUUCCAUUUUGCCCACAGUUCUUUCCAUGCGCCUGGAAAUUUCUCUCCUGGGUUCAUUCUUCCCUUGAAAAUAAGGCUCUUGACCCUCCUUCCAUACAUGCUCCUAGGCUGGUGGGAGGGGGGUUAGGCUGUUCCUUGAGCCACAGGGGGGCUUCAUUUUUAAUAUAAUAAGAGUUUUCCCCAUGUAUUUUUCCUCUUUUAUUUUUCCCUUUUGUAAGCCACCCAGCGUCAUUAGCAGUUGGGCUGCUCUCCAAGUUUAAUAAAAGGAGUCCUACCUAAAUAACUGGGUACGUGUCUCAAAUUUCCUGCCCUUGGAUAUCCCAGAGCACCACCCGAGAGGAUCCUGGCUUCUCUUACAGGAAUGCAGGACACGAUCUGUAAAAACUAUUUCCAAGGUGGUUUCUCAUCCUGGAGUCGUGAUAGUGAAAUGCUUGGGGUGUAACCACCACUUCGUGAUUGCUGAUAACUUGAUUCCAUCUUCUCCGGCGUAGAUGGAAAAAUGUAAGCAUUCGGUUCUUUAGGGUUUGAUGCUUCAGCUGCUGAAGGUGGACUUAGUUUGUGGGAAUAGUUCAGAAGUAAAAUUAGUUGCGAGUCAAGGCAGCUGAAGUUUAGCCUGAAACCAGCACCUGAAAAUAGUCUUAAGAGUCUGCUUAAUAGGUGGCUCUUACACUUCUAGGAUACAAGAAGGAAACUGGUGUGUUUCAUGUUGGGAACCAGAGUUCGAUGGAUUAACAAAAAAAAUUCUAGAAAACGGGGUUUUUAUUUUGUUUCAUAUAAACAACUUGGCUUCCUUACUAAUGCCGAUAGCUUAAUAAUCCAGAGUUUGUUUCAGAGAACAGAAAUCACUGACAAGUGACUUAUAAGCUUGGCAGAAUUCAUAAUCCAGAAAUUGUGCUUAUUUUGAGCAACUUGCAAAGUGAGAAUUCCUUCCCUGAGCAGAAUGUCCCAGAAAUCCUUUUAUCACAUUAUUGUUGACUGAGUUCUUUUCUGAGGCUCAUGAAGGGCUUGGCCUACGCUCCGUCUCUGGGCAGCCUUGAAUUUGGGAAGAGAAGAGACGUUCCUUCUCUAUAAGCCUCUCUGGUCGAUUCCCUACUUUACCUCUCACAGUUCCCCAUCACAGAGCAAAAGCUCUCCCAACCACAAUGAUCCAGGAAUAGAAAUAAUAAUUUUAGAUAUAAAGAAUUGUUUUCUCUCCUUUGCUCUCUGUAGGGAUUAGUAUCCUGAACUCGGGACGUUGGUUCCUCUGGAUAACUUUGAACAUCAGCUCACAGAUGUCCUACACAAGAAGCCUCCUCCCCCCAUCUCCCCCCCUCCUCCUGCAAGACCAACCCUUGAGAAAAGGCCUAGGGCAGAGGAGGAGGAGACCGAGGCAAAGUCUAAGGAAGGAAGUGAAUUCACAGCAAGUUAAACGGACUGUGUGAUGCUGUUGCUUCAUAUUGUUUCAUCAUUUGUUUCCUGACACUGAAUGUAUGUACCAUUUGUUUCUGUGCCCUCUUAAAAACAUGAACCCCCCUCCCUUAAUAAAUGUUUUUGCUUGGCUUGGA